GAAGGCCCGAAGAAAAGAAAAGAAGAAGACGACCAGAGAGAGAGAGAGAGAGAGAGAGAGAUUUGUACAGUGCGAAAGCUGCUUGCUUUCUGCUGUUGUCAAGAAUGGCGGACAGGGAUUGAACGGUCUUCUCCCUUCCUUCCUUCCUUCCUUCCUGCUCGCGGCUCCAUCGUCAUUGCCUCUUUUGCGCGUGGACUUUUCCAAUUCUUCCUGGCGUCCGCAGUACGGCAAAGGGCGACACAGAUCCCUGGCUUCUCCUUCACUCCCCUCAUCUCUGUCUCUCCAUUAUCGUCCAUGCAGUCGGAGUAGAGGUGGGUGGGAAGCCGCUGGUUCCGCCGCUGUGCCGGUUGCUGAAUCGAGAGGGGGUCGCCGCCGCCGCCCGAGCGCGCGAUCUCCGGCGGUUCCGGGUUUCUCUUUCGUCUUUUCUUUCCUCUCCCGGCGGCGGCUGCUGCUGAGCUCGCAGAAAUUAUUGAUAAAUGGACCCUUGUCAUCGGUUUUGCACCUUCCGGAAUUCUAUCUCCAAAAGUGUCAUUGUUCCAGUUAUGAUGGCAAGAUGCAAAAUGGCUGCUUCUUGAGAACAGAGACAUCUCCAUGUCAAAUGAGCACGACUUGCCGUUUUCUGAUUUCUAUUUGCUUAGCUACUGUAUAAAUCAGACCUGUGGCUGUUGCAGAUUUGUGCUUGCAUUGAAGAAAGAUGAAGAAAUGGUACGGCGGUGUUUUGGUCGCGUCUCUUUUCAUGUUACUCGUCCUAAGAUAUGUGGUCUUGAACAAUCCCAUGGGGCAAGGCUAUCUGUCUAAUCCAUUCUCCUCAAAUGCGAGUAAUCCUCUCGAGUGGGUGCGUGCUACCGCUCCACCAACCAUUCAAAGUCCGGUGAACAAAUCUGUUGUUAUCUCCACUGAAACAGUGGUCUCGAGUCUUUUUGCUGAAAGGAAUAUGUCUACUGAAGAGCAGCAAUCUCUCUUUUCAUGGCAUCAUUUGAGGCAUUUGAUAGAUAGAGCUCAAGGAUUACCUAAUGGUUUAGAGGCUAUAAAACAGGCUGAGAAUGCAUGGAAUAGCCUCAUGCUCUCAGUUGAAGAGGAAAGGCUUGCCUCUGGCAAUGACACUUCACGAAGGAGGACAAAUGAGAAACAAUGUCCUCAUUUCCUUAACAGAAUGGAUGCUACGGAGCUUGGUAAUGAGGGAUUUAGGUUGCGAGUUCCUUGUGGCCUUACCCAGGGCUCUUCCGUAACAAUUAUUGGCAUCCCAGAUGGUCUUCUCGGCAACUUUCGGAUAGACUUAACUGGGGAACCACUUCCCGGAGAGCCCGAUCCACCCAUUAUUUUACACUAUAAUGUAAGGCUUCAUGGAGAUAAGAUCACUGAAGAUCCAGUUAUUGUCCAAAAUACCUGGACUCUUGCUCAUGAUUGGGGCGAAGAGGAACGCUGUCCAUCCCCAUCUCCAGAAAAGAAUAAGAAAGUUGAUGAGUUGGACCAGUGCAACAAGAUGGUGGGUAAUGAUGAUAAUCGCGCACGUUUAAACAGUUCAAAACUGAAUCCAACCAGGAAAUCUACAUCUAGGAAAUACUUUCCCUUUAAGCAAGGUUAUUUGUCUGUUGCAACACUUAGGGUUGGAUCAGAAGGGAUCCAAAUGACUGUUGAUGGAAAGCACGUAACGUCAUUUGCUUAUCGUGAAACCUUGGAGCCCUGGCUUGUAAGUGAAGUUAAAAUCUCUGGGGAUCUUAAACUGAAUUCAGUUGUUGCCAGUGGUUUACCCACAUCAGAGGAUUCGGACCAUACUACUGAUUUGGAGUCCCUCAAAUCGGUUCCUCUUCCUCGCGAGAGGCAAUUAGAUCUCUUCAUUGGUGUGUUUUCAACAGCAAACAACUUUAAGCGUCGCAUGUCCGUUAGGAGAACAUGGAUGCAAUAUGCAGCUGUGCGCUCGGGGGCAGUAGCGGUGCGCUUUUUUGUUGGUUUGCACAAGAACCAGAUAGUGAAUGAGGAGCUUUGGAACGAGGCAAGAACAUAUGGAGAUGUACAGCUGAUGCCCUUUGUGGACUACUACAAUCUCAUAACAUGGAAAACCCUUGCCAUCUGCAUCUUUGGGACAAAGGUCCAUCCAGCCAAGUAUAUAAUGAAGACUGAUGAUGAUGCAUUUGUUCGAGUGGAUGAAGUGCUGGCUUCUCUAGGAAGGGUAAAAGCAAAAAGCGGGCUGCUAUAUGGACUCAUCAACUCUGAAUCUCGGCCUCAUCGAAAUACAGAUAGCAAGUGGUAUAUCAGCCACGAGGAAUGGCGUGAAGAUUCUUAUCCUCCUUGGGCACAUGGGCCGGGUUAUGUGGUGUCCCAUGACAUUGCAUCUGCUGUCCAUAAGAAAUAUCAAGAUGGCCAAUUGAAGAUGUUUAAGUUGGAAGAUGUGGCAAUGGGGAUCUGGAUUGCCGAUAUGAAGAAGAGUGGUACGAAAGUACAUUAUGAGAACGAUGGGAGGGUCUAUAACGAGGGUUGCAAGGAUGGUUAUGUGGUUGCCCACUACCAAGGCCCUCGAGAGAUGCUUUGCCUAUGGCAGAAACUUCAAGAAGCCAAACGUGCCACAUGUUGCGGAGAUCGGUAGGCUCUUUACAGUUUCUGAAGCUGCGCGACGAGCGAGAUUGACAUCUCAGUAUAGAACUUAUUGCGUGGAAAGAAGGAGAGGUUUCCCCCACUAAAUUCUCCUCCUCCAAUUUUGUUUAUUCUUUUCCCCGACUACAUUGUAUAGUUAGUAUCCUGUGUGGUCCAUGGGGGUAAUGCUCGGACAAGUUGAUCACCGCACAGAGAGAGAGAGAGAGAGAGAGAGAGAGAGAGAGAGAGAGAGAGAGAGAGAGAGAGAGAGAGAGAGGGAUGAUUGUACAGAGUUAGUCAUAGGUGAUUACCAGGCUACCGCUUACCAAGAUGUUUGACAAACAUUAAAUACUUAUCAGUUACCAGCAUUCUUUUUGCUCUAUACGUGAAGUGAUCUUCUUUCUUGCUUCAA